AUGGUUCAUGUGCAAAAUGUUAGAAACAAUGGAAUAGGUGGGAAUAACGGCCAUACAAAUCCACAAUUACGACAAAUAUUUGAACUUAUAUAUAAUGGAAGGGCUGUUGGCACGGUGACAUUGCGGCAAGACCUUCCGAGACAUGGUUCAAUUGAUCCUAAUAAUGUUGUUUGUACUCUUUUGGAACUGUAUCAGUCAAUACCAUGCGAUAUUCCUCUUAUUAAGACCCACUCUAUCGCAGGCUGGGUAUUUUUAAACGAGGUAGAGCCUGGGAACUUGAUUGUGUGGGGUAGGAAUGAUAUGCAUCUUUUGGUUGAUCCAAUGGAUAUCUCUGCUCCUCAGGAGCAAGGAGCGUUGUUGGGCGGCGUCGGGUAUAGUCAAUGGGCAGAGUUGGAGGAGGUGGCGGGGGUGGGAGAAAAUAUAGAACGCAGUGGGAAUCCGCAUUCAACAAAUCAUAUGGGAGAUUUAGGAGGGCAUGGGCUAAUUUCGCAUGUUGGCCAGCACCGUAGUGAUGGGAUUUUUACUCUUACAAGGUUUGAUUCCGCGCCGCCUAGUAUAAUUGAGUUUCAGACCCCAGAACAUACUAAGGAUUAUAUACAGAGGGUUUACGCGUUCCAGCAGCAUAUAGGUAUUGUCUGCCUCAAGACGAAGGAUUAUAAGGGCAAAGUUACGAGAAUUGACUUUGGGUGUGAAUUCUAUGGCACACGAGCGGGUAAGAAUAUGACUCCUUCCGAGUCGUCUCCCGGAAGUGGAACCACUACCGGAGAUUCUGAUGAGCAUCGCAGAAGGUCAACGCAUCAUCUUGGUAGUGGGACACGAAGAUGCCCAUUUUUCAUCAGGUACAGAUACCGGUCCUCCAAAGAUAACUACUAUCUCGAUGAGGGAUGCUCCACUCUCAUCCACGACCAUGAAUGUGUUGAUGUUUGGAACUACAACACUAACAAACGCUUGUUGAUCAAGGAAUACAAGAAACAACUCGUACAACUUAUGAUGUCGGGAGAAAACAUUUCAUCUGGAGAUAUAAUUGGAAUUUUAGUAAGUGAAGCUAGCAAGGACGAUCUCUACAAGGGCUACUUCUCCAGUAAUACAAGAAAAAAAGAAUUUGCUAAAGCUAUGAGGAAGAAUUGCGAAUACUUUCGGCGCUCAUUCUUAGAUAAAAGGAGCUACGAUUAUCAAAUCUCCUGA